CUGGAUGAAAUUUAUAUUGUGUGGAAUAAACAACUUAUUUGAUAAUUAUUAUUAAAGAACAAAUAUACCAUAUUCUUUAAUAUUUAGAUUAGGAAGUUUUUAUUUUUUGCAUUUGAAUUUAACUUGAAUGGACUUGCCGUGAAUAAAUUUUAAACAGUGUUUGGGUGAUUUUAUAACUAAAAUCGCUCGGGUAAAAACAGUAGUCAGGUGGUUCCAGAGCUUUUUUAAAUAAAACGGGAACAUAGGUAAACAAUGGCAGAAAAAAUGAGUCAGCUAGAGAAAGAUAAAGGUAAUAAAGAUGAUAGUCAAAAUGAUGCAGGGGAUCAGGAAAAGCAAAGACCUGGGUCUCGAAGCCCAGAAAGGCGCCGGAAAGCCAAGAAACCCCAGGAAAGAGUAUGGGACUGGCCUAAGAAGAGCUUUUUUGAGCUUUCGUGUUUUGAUCCAGCAGAAGGUGGAGGUUCUAGUAAAAUGAAAAAUCUGGUUCACAGAAUAGUAUAUGUUGGAAAAUUAAGAGAGAAUGUUGAUGACAGAAUUGAAGUUGGAAAUCAUUAUGACAGAUUGUUGAAGAACUUACAGAAUAACUACCAGCAUGCUGAACAAGAUUCUAUUAUUAUUAUUUUCCAGACAUCGUCAGAUAUGAUUCUUGAAGUGGUGAGAGAUAUAAUAAAGACACAAAAAGAGGAAGAUGGUUUUCUAGAACAGGCAAAAAUACUUAUUGUCUCACAUGAUGUAUCCACACGUCUUUACCAACAGUGGAACUUCAGGACGUUGGAUAUACAGGCAGCUAGAAUGGAAUCUUAUGAAUCAUCAGAAGGUGCCGAUAAAAUUAUCAUAGAUCUUCUCUCACAACUACUUAAACUUGGUAGCAAGUUGGCGAUCAUUCCAAAGAUUGCUUUUAAGUCAACACUAGAUUCUUUGCAUGAAAAGUUCCCAGAUCUUCUUCCUCAACAAGCACAUAUUCACUUUUUACUGGAGGAGAAUGACUCUACAAUGAUAAUGCCUGAAGAGUAUUUGGACAUGUAUGAGAAACCCUUUGAUGUCACUUUGGAAAGUGAAAUGGUUUGGCCAUUACCAACAAAGUUGUUUCCAUACAACUAAAGAUCAUUACAUAAUGGUAACAAAAAGCAUAACAGUGUAUUUUAAUGAUUUAUAUCUACAUUAAAAAAAUUACAACAACAAAAACAAAAUAAACAAUCAGACACUAUUAUACAUGGUAUGCAAAAUUCAGUGACUGAUAUUUUUACUUAAUAAACUCAAAGAAUCAUAUGAAUAUGAGGACAAAAAUGCUGUUUUUUCUGUCCCACAAUUAAUAAAAAAAGAAAAACAUUUUAUAUUUAUGCUGUUUUGUCUGUUUUCUUGAUGCCUGUGAUAGUACUUAUGGAAUGUCAAUUUCCAAAAAAAUUAUUUUAAGAUUAUUUUGAAAUUUGUUUAAGCUAUGUUGUAUAUUACAUUUCAUUUAUCAUUUCAUGCCUUGUAAUAAACAUUUAAACUUG